AUGUUUCGUUCUCGUAAAUACUCUCAAAGCACCUCUUCUCCAGUCAAAUCCACUUCGUCACUUUCCUCUGGAAAUGCAUCCAUCAAAAGACCUGCCACCGUUACAUCUGCUGAAGAGCAGCCAUCAUACCAAUACAAUGACGACGAGGAAAUCAACCACGAUGAGAUCAUCGACUUGCAGGCACCUCAACAGCAACAGCAGCCUGACUUGACCAUCGAAUCCAUGUCGGCUGUACUUGCCGCUGCAGUUCAAAUGUCUGCUGCUGGCGGUGCUCCGUCAUCUCUUUCACUUGGAAGUGCUUCCAUCUUACAGCCAUUCGCUAAAGCCGAAGAGACCAGCGUGAAGCGUAGAUUCUCUGCUCGUCUGUUCAUGAAUCCCUGGAAGAAAUCAUCAGUCGCAGCAUCCACAUCGCCCACGACACCCACGACGCCUGGCUUGGAGCCUUCUUCUCCCUUUGAUUCAUCCUUGGACGACGAUAAUUCCUCUCAAGGAUCUCCCCGUAGCUCCUCCAUCUCUGGCUCAAGGACAUCAACCACGACCACGGUUGACGACGGUCGUGAUGAGUUAUUAUACCGUGGUAUUCAGAUUAAAGAAAUCAAGACCACAUUAAAAACCUUGGUGGUUUCUGAUGAACAACGUUACCCAAUGCCUGAGGUUAGGCUCGAAAGACCUGGCUUUGCCCGUAUCAACUACUAA